CACACACACACAGUGUAAUGGAUUUACUGCAAAAAUCAACUUGUUAAGAAGCUCUAAAACUAAGAAGAAAGCGUUAUAAACCAUAAAAAAACAGCAGCAGAAAAAAAUGAAUGGGUGCUUGUAGAUAUCAAGAAUGGAAAAGGGUUCUUCCUCAGCUGCUGCGGCUGUUGGUGGGGCGGCGGACGACGGCUUGAAAUUCGGCAAGAAAAUCUACUUUGAGGGUGUGGGUUCUGGGAAGCAGCACGGCGGGGGUCCGAAGUCUCCGGCGAAGAAAGUGAGGAGUGCGGCGGCGCAGGGUGGUCAGACAACACCAAGGUGCCAGGUGGAGGGGUGUAAGUUAGAUCUGAGUGAUGCUAAGGCUUACUAUUCUAGGCACAAAGUUUGUGGCUUCCAUUCUAAGUCUCCUAAGGUCAUUGUUGCCGGUCUUGAGCAGAGGUUUUGCCAGCAGUGUAGCAGAUUUCAUCAAUUGCCCGAAUUUGACCAAGACAAAAGAAGCUGCCGCAGACGCCUUGCUGGCCAUAACGAGCGUCGGAGGAAGCCGCCACCUGGCACUUUGUUCUCCCCUCGCUAUGGAAGUCCUUGUCCUUCCAUGUUUGAUAACCAUAGCAAAAGCGGAGGAAUUGUGAUGGACUUCACCAAUUACUCGAGCCUCGCUGGAUCUGGAAAUCAAGCUGCCAUUGGUGGAAAACAUCAGCUUCCAUCAUGGCAGAACAACUCUCUAUCCGGUCUUGUUCAAGGCUCAACAAGCGGGCCCCGUUACUCCGGUGUUCACUCCGGUGUACCUACGGAACACGGCUGUUACGGUGGAGCCUCGUCGGGCUCCAGCAGUGCUCUCUCUCUUCUGUCAAAUCAGCCCUGGGGAUCUUCAAGAGGCCGAUCCUUGAGCCUCGGGGCAAACAAUUUUCUCGAUCCCGGUGCAGCCAUUGGUCAGUUCCCUUGUUCCUCCUCGUGGGGUUUUAAGGACGGCCAAGUUGGUAAUAACAGCACUUUGCAUGAGAUGCCACCUGAUCUGGUUUUAGGACAAACUUCUCACACAGGUAACAGUCACUACACUGGGGAGCUCGGUUUGGGUCAGCCAAACGAGGUGCAGUUCCACGAGCUCGAUUACUCGAGGGGCUAUGAUUCUUCAGUCCAGCAUAUGCAUUGGUCGCUUUGAACGUACCUAACAACUUUCACGUGUGUCUCCUUAGGAGAAACAGACUUGUGUUUGUAUUCGUGUUUGUGUUUUGUUUGUUUUUUGUAAUGUUGAACCAACAGGCAGGUGCAUUCAGCCUUUGAACUCUUGAAACUGCUUUGUCUGAAGUAGUUCAUCGCCAUAAUAAGCAUUCAACUGCUAUUUGUCUUCGAA